CGACUUUGAUCGUGACCCAGACGAGACAUUGCAGGGAAGCAGUCGCGUCAGAAACCAAUUCAAUGUAGGAUGAUGGCACGUUUGGCGGACAAUGGACCCGCCGUACUUUACGAUAAACGCGUGUAACCGUUGUCGCAAACGCAAAGCGCGGUGCGAUACACAGAUUCCUGCAUGCCAACCAUGUCAAAACUCAGGCUCCAUCUGUGACUACACGGAUGGCCGCUCGGGCGACGCCCAUCCUCGGAGCUACAUCCAUGAUCUGGAAGCUCAACUCAUGCGACUAGAAGCUCAGCUCCAAGAGGUUGACGAUGCGACAAUUGAAGUGUCGCCACCUACCUCGACAUUGCGCUCAGACGAUGAGCCUGCUCAAGACUUGAUUCGUGUUGGAGAUGAGGGGCAUGCUCAUUUCAUCGGAGCUUCAAGCGGAAUGUACUUGGUCCGAUCAGUUCUUGAGUCCGCUCAGCAGAACUAUCCAAACUUCGAAUCGCCAUCUGAAACAACAGAAGCUCGAACCGGACCAAAGGAACCUUCCAGUAGUAGUACCAUAAUUGCCUUGCCAUCGCGAGAGACGGCUAAUAGCCUCAUCGAGACAUUCUUCAGCCAAUAUCAGGUUCAGUAUCCUAUUCUCAACCAGCAGGAAUUUAGCAAGGCCGUGACAGAAUUUUACGGUCGCCAGAACGACAGAGAUGGUCAAAAUCGACCAGGAUCUGGCGAGGUGUGGACUCGAUUCAUGCUUAACAUGGUGCUUGCCAUCUCUCUCAUGUUCAUGUCCCACGAUCAUAAUGAGAGUACGACACUAUCGAAAGGCUUCACUGCCAAUGCCAUGGCGGAUAUCAGUCUGAUCAUGCAGACAAAGAAUGUAAAGUCGGUGCAAUGCCUUCUGUUGUUGUUGCUUCUCUCUAUCCUCGACUCAUCUUCUGCGCCGGUUUGGUAUAUCUCCGGUCUUUGCAUGCGCAUGUGCAUUGAUCUUGGAUAUCACUCAGAGACCACAAUAGCUAUUUCUUCAACUGGUAACGACACAGAAAUUGAGAGGAUAAGUGAAGCAGAUACGAAGCGAAGGCUAUUCUGGGUAACAUACAGCUUUGAUCGGACACUCAAUAUCCUUCUUGGUCGACCGUUCACUUUUGACGACUUUACUGUCGACAUUCAUCUGCCGAGACACUCGUUAGUACCGAGUAAGCGGCUACAGAUACUACACUGGCUUGAACUGCAACAACUCGAAAGUGAGAUUGUACACAAGCUACAUGCAGCACGGCGAGACGAUACAGGCCAUAGCGAAGAGGAAUCAGACCUUACCCAGUGGACUAAGGAGAUGGCUCAGCGAUUGAAAGGCUGGAACUCAGUGGCUCUGACUCUUACUGACUCCGAUGGUCAUAACGUCAACUGGUGGGGCUACUGGUAUCGUACAGCGCUGCUCAUCCUCUACAGACCAUCGCCCUCUCGCCCAAGUUUGAGUACGUCUGAAACGCUUUCAUGCUACGAAGCUGCCAAAGAUCUUAUUCAGCUAUCAUACCUUCGUAUCAGUGAAGGUUUGAUGGAUUUCACCUGGAUAGACCUGCAUUUCCAAUUCAUGAGCGGAGUCACUCUCGUGUUCAUCGUCUGGAAGAAUACUCAGGCGCGAAUCAAGGCAAAAGAUGACUGGAUCUCGUUCAAGAGCUGCUUGUUUCAAUGGAAGAGCAUACUUGAGAAACUUGGAGUGCGUUGGGAGAGAAUCGCGAGAGCUCGUGAAGCACUAUCAAAAUUGGCUGAUGCUACUAUCGAUCUUGUCGAGAAGGACAUGAUGAGAUCAGCGGGAGGAGGCCAACGACUACCAAUACAUCACAACUCAGAGGAGUCUCGACGAGAUCGAAGGCGUUCCAUCAUACAGCAGCUCCGAAGACAGGAUUCUAAUGGCGUGUCGCAGCGGAGCUUGGUUGCCGUUGGAGGUGAUACAAAUAUGCAAGACACUAGUCCUCGAAACAUAAAUCUAGAAACGGGUAACAGGGAAAUGAAUCAGGUCUAUGGACCUCCUAUAGGCGACGAGACUCAACACCGACCAGCAGCUAAUACAGCUGGAUACGGGACGCAAUCCACGGGCGACAAUUGGGCAGCUUUUGAGACAUCAACAAACACUCAACAAGGACUCUUUGGUGACGCGCAGAGUCACAACACCAUAUCAUCAAUGAUGCCAGAGGAUACGUGGCCACUCUUCGAUCUCUCAGAUGUAGCGGUCGCACCCGAUGAGAUCAAUUUCUGGACAUACUUAUCGGCCCCAAUACUCGGCGUGGAGGAUAUGUCGACGUCCCAGUUCAACACUACAGGAAGGCCAGAUGAGUCCUUUACCAAUAGUAUCCUGAAUUUUCACGGAGACUUUAGUAAUAUCACUCCUGAGAUGCCAGUAGAGUAUCCAGAGGAUGGAGACUAUGCGUACAAUGCUGGGCAGUAAUGGUCGGCGUUUUUAACAGAACGCUGAUAUGUAAGAUAGAAUGGAAAUACCCUUGAGAUAUGAGAGGGGUCAUAUUGACUAAUAUGGGACGAGAUGAAGCCCCAGCUAUGGCCACUCCACUAAAUCACAUCCAAGCGUCUCAUGCUAGACAGGCAUCGUGCUACUAAGUCCUGCCGCCAACAGUCAAUAGAUACAAGCUUCCGGUGGUCGAGUUAACAUUCGUUGGGGCACCCAAGUACAAAACAUCCGUUCCAUCACUCCUCAUCAAAGCCUGGAGACGCUGCACCUUCUUGCCAACAGCUGGUUCAAUAGCAGUAUUAGUCCAGCCAGCCCCACCGACAUUCUCCAGCACAAAGGCACUGGCUGAAGAGCGACUGUAGUAGAUGCGAGCAGUUGUUCCGUCAUGAGUGAUACCAAUACCAGCGCUGGUCUCACUAUCGCUAUACAGGAUCUCACGCGUCCAAGGGUUAGAAGUACCAUAUGUUGCUGUAGCACGACGAACUUGCCAUGUUCCGCUAGUAGAAGUCUUGAAGCGGUAGGCGCUCUGGAUGUGAACGGUGCCAGCGGGGCGUUCGUAUAGAGCCAUCUUUGCACUCUGGAAAGCUGGUCCGGGUGAAGCGUUGAUGUCGCCGCUGUAUGUCUCCCCUGAAGUCAGAGGCUGAUACACGAUAUCGGCGGUGUUUUGGGUGAUGGGUGUCGAAACGGUAGAUCCAGAGGCGGAGGUGAAGGAGUUGGUAGAUGGGCGAUAGCGGACAUAGCUUCCCUGGUGGCGCACAGCAGACGCGGGAUACUUGCUCCAUUCCCACUGAACAUGAACAUCUCCAUCAGACGAAAACGCGAUAUCAUCGGGGUAUACAGAGUAGCCCUUGUUGUACGCCCAGAGGCUCACGCGGGUCCACUUCUUGUUGUCCGUCGUGUACUUAUAGAAGUAGCCACCCCUUGCGGAGCCAUCACCAGAUGCUUGCCCUCGGACGAUCAGCCACAGGUUUCCGUCGGCAUCACGCUUGAUAACAGGGUAUGUAAUGAGGACAGUCUGAUCGGGCAUAUCAGAGCUGGCGUUGACGAGAGUGCUGCUGUAUGGCUGAGACGAGCGGAAGUACUUCCACGGCUCGUUGUGCAUGCUUGUAAAGACAUGGACAUAUCCAUCGCCGUCAACGCUGAUACUGGGAGUGUUAUGUCCCAGAUCAUCCGCAAAGACAGCACACUCCCCGUCUGAAUCUCUGACGCAGUCGCGAGAGACACUGCCAUCUGAGAUAGAGCGUCGUGCGACCAUGACAUUAUUAUCAGCAAUAGCACCGCCAGGAGGGUUUCUCAGAUAAGCAAGCCAGUCAUAGCCGCCGUACUCAUCCAGAGGGUCCCACCAGGCAGCUCCACUGGUGGCAUCAACAGCUGUAGAGAUAGUGACGAGACUACCAGGGCUGAUAGUGGCGCGUACCGCCGAAACAGCAGCCAGAAAGAUGAGGGAUUUAAGAUUUGCCAUUUCGAAGUGCAAAGGCAGAAGAAUGAGGAGUUGAAG